AUGGUGGCUGGAAGAACACACCCAUUUAAUGCUCAAUCUUCCAGGAAUCUUGGGAAAACCCACCUUGGUGGUGUUGUAUUUGGUUGCAAAACAAGCACCAUGAAAGAAUGUCUUGUCAAUCAGUUAUUUGGUAUGGCAUCUAGUCAUGAUAUUUCAAGCUUUGUGCUGUUAAAUGUAACUUUUCUACGCCAAAACCAUUUUACUGUAUGCCGUUCAUGGCUUGUAUUAAGUUAUGCAUGUAGUAAUCCUGUUAUUUCUUUUGUUCCACGUUUUGACAAAGUCAUUUUGCUCUAUGCCUUGGUGCAUUUAGAUUUUAGACUACUCGACUCAACAAUGCCUUCUUCAUUGGCAGGCCUGCCGGCUCAGCAUUUCUCGUAUGUGAAGAAUAUUAUUCCCGGAUUGCCCCUAUUCCUAUUCAAUUAUAGCGACCGUACACUUCAUGGAAUCUUUGAGGCAGCAAGUGCUGGUCAAAUGAAUAUAAAUCCUUAUGGUUGGACAUCAAAUGGUUCUGACAGAACACUCUAUCCUGCCCAGGUUCAAAUACGCUUACGUCUACAAUGCCAGCCCCUGAGAGAAGACCAGUUCAAGUCAAUUAUUCUGGACAACUACUAUAGCCCAACCCACUUCUGGUUUGAGCUUGAUCAUGCUCAAACUUGUAGAUUGAUGUCCAAGUUAUCUGCUGCAGUAGUUACUCCUCCCGUUUCCCUAGUACCACACAGCAAUGCAAAGUCGAUUCCUGUAGUUCCAGACAACAAGAAGGGGCAGGAAACGGGAGCUCCUAAUGAUUCAUUAGUCUCAAGGAGCAAUUUAACCAAUUUCCAAGACUUGGAUCAUCAUCAAGAUGCUGUUAAUAAUGAGGAAGUGAAGGACACUAUUUACAUGAAACUAAAGGAGUUAGCUCAAAGGAACCUUGAAUUCUCUGAUGCACCCAAGAGGGAUUGUGUAGGAGGAGAAAUAUCCACUGCCAGUGAAGAGAAAUCGGAGGAAGAAUCUUUGCCGACACAAAUUUCUGGGGAGAGGAGCGACAGCUAUUCUGGAAACUCUUUUGGCCUUUGUAAUCCUGGUGCAAUUAUUGAUCAGUUGCUCACUGACAUACGAGAGCUCAGGGCCUUCCAAGAAGAACAGAUUCAAAAGUCAAAGCAUGUGGAACAUAAGCUGCUUGCGGCUGAAAGAGAAAUCAUCCAACUAAAGAGCAAAGUGAUGAUUUUGGAGUCAAAGUCAAAUGCCGGUAUUCAACUGGACUUGGGUGAAUCAAUAUUUCUGGUGGGUGGAUAUGAUGGUUCCUCAUGGUUGUCAGCACUGAAUUUGUACUGUCCUUCUCGGGAUGUGUUAAAAUAUCUUAAACCAAUGGAUUGUGCUCGGUCAUACUCAUCAGUAGUGAAAUUGAAUGGAGAACUUUAUGUGAUUGGUGGUGGAAAUGGUAGCGGCAAAUGGUAUGACACAGUUGAUGAUAAAUGGUGUCCGCACCCCUCAUUGAAUGAGAAGAAAGGGAGUUUAGGUGGUGCUGCUUUGGACCACAAAAUAUAUGCAAUUGGUGGUGGUAAUCGAACUGUAAGUUUGUCGAAUGUUGAAAUGUACGAUAUAAAUGUUGGACGAUGGAUUCAAACCCGGUCGAUGCAACAAAAGCGAUUCGCUCUUGCUGCCACGGAGCUCAAUGGUGUGCUUUAUGCUGUUGGUGGGUAUGACGGGGAUAGUUAUUUGGAAUCUGCAGAGCGGUUUGAUCCAAGGGAACAUUCUUGGAGCAGUAUCGGCAGUAUGAAUGUGAAGAGGGGCUGCCACUCACUUCUUGUUUUGAAUGAGAAGUUAUAUGCACUGGGCGGAUUUGAUGGAAGUGCAAUGACAGCAACUGUUGAAAUUUACGAACCUCGAAUGGAGAAAUGGUAUUAUGGUUCGUCAAUGAGCCAACCCCGUGGAUAUUUAUCUGCUGCUGUUCUUAAGGACUCAAUUUAUGUGAUUGGAGGUGUCAAUACUGCCAACGGAGAAAUAACAGAAUCGGUAGCUACAUAUUUUUCAUCACUUCCCUUUACUUUUUAUCUUUUAAGGCAUGGGUUUACAUCCAGACAUUAUCUGCCCUAUGCAAUGCCACAGAUUGAAUGUUACAAGGAGGACAAAGGGUGGAAGACGGCCAACUUGAUGGGGGCUGGAAAGAGAUGCUUUUCCUCAGCUAUUGUCUUUGGUGAAGACUGA